AUGGAGGUGCUCCGUCGGUCACUGGGGUUCGAUAAGGCUUGGGGUGCAUUACAGAAUAAGGUUUGGGUUUUCUGGUUUAAUGACAUGUCUCUCAGCUUCAGGGAUUUCGCUGAACAACUAUUUCAUAUGCAUAUUGGAUUCUCGUCGGGUUGUUCGGUUCAUUUUUCAGCAGUGUAUGCUAGAUGUUCGAGGGUGGGGCGCCGUGAGUUGUGGUCGGCUAUGGAGGGAUUGUCGGGAGAGGUGUGUGGCCCGUGGUUAGUGGCAGGGGAUUUUAAUGUCAUUUCCAGUAUGCAGGAGCGCGUAGGGGGGUCCCCGGCUAAUCAAAGAAAUAUGGAAGAGUUUAAUGAGGCGAUUGGAAGUUGUGGGUUGUCGGAGGUGCCUUUUGAUGGUGUUGCGUUUACAUGGACGAAUGGUACGGUGUGGCAACGUUUGGAUAGGGCCUUGAUGAAUCGGGAGUGGGCGGAUGGGUUUGAUCUCUCGCAUGUGUCCCAUCUGGCCAGGGGCCGUUCGGACCAUGCGCCUCUAUUGAUCUGUUGCCAGAAUGGGGGUCCACCCAAACGCUCGUUUAAAUUUCUAAAUGUGUGGCGGGGUCAUCCUGGGUUUCAGGAGGUGGUUCAGCGUGAAUGGGGGAAGACAGUGGAAGGCGAGGGGAUGGCAAAGUUCUAUAAUAAAUUGAGAAUGGUGAAGGCUGGUCUACGGGUCUGGAAUGCUCAGGUGUAUGGAAAUAUUUUCUCCAAGGUCAAGGAGGCUGAGGUCCUUAUGAAACAGCGUGAGGGGGAGUUUGAUAUGAGCCGCGAUCCAGCAGCCAGGGCUUCACUGGAGGAGGCGAAGGCGGUGUAUGCGCGGGAAUCGGCAGCGGAAUGUCAGUAUUGGAGACAGAAGGCGGGUGUCAAGUGGUUACAGGUGGGGGAUGCCAAUUCGGCAUAUUUCCACUCGCGGUUUCGGCAGCGUCGGAACUGCAAUUUUGUGUCAUGUAUUAAGAAUGCAGCAGGGAUAUGGUUGGAGGAUAUACAGGCUAUUCGGGGUUCAGCUGUGGAUUUCGUCUCCUCGUUGUUUGCUUCUGAGCAACAUGGGUGGCAGCCGCCAUCGGUUCCCUUCACGGUUCCCCAAUUGUCGGCAGAGGAUAAUGGGUUGCUUGCGGGACUCCCUGAGAUGGAAGAGGUGCGAGAGGUGAUUUUUGGAAUGGAGGCGGAUAGUGCUCCGGGGCCGGAUGGUUUUGGGGCAGGUUUUUAUCAAGGGUGUUGGUCGAUUAUUAAGUUGGAUUUGCUGGAGGCGGUGAAGGCCUUUUUUCAGGGUAUGUGUUUGCCUAGGAGUUUUACUAGUACUUCUAUUGUUCUUCUGCCUAAGGUGGCGGGCGCAUCGUGCUGGAAAGACUUUAGACCAAUAAGUUUGUGCAACACUUGUUCCAAAAUUAUUUCAAAGGUGGUUGCUCGUCGGUUGGGGAGGGUGCUCCCGUCGUUAGUCUCCCCGUGGCAGACAGGUUUCGUCCCUGGUCGAGGGAUAACGGAUAACAUUCUGCUCACACAGGAGUUAGUGAUGGAUUUAGACAGGCGCUUGCGGCAUCCGAACAUCAUGCUCAAGUUGGAUAUGGAGAAGGCGUAUGACAGAGUGGAGUGGCCAUUUCUGUUGUUUAUGUUGAGGCAAUUUGGGUUUCAGGAGCGGGUGGUGGAUAUUUUCUUUAGGUUAGUUUCUAACAAUUGGUUUUCGGUUUUGGUAAAUGGAGAGGCUGCGGGUUUUUUCAAGUCGUCACGGGGUGUUCGGCAAGGGGACCCAGUUUCACCGGGUCUGUUUGUGUUAGUGACCGAAUUCUUGGGCCGUGGCUUGCACCACUUGUUGCUUAGUAGGCCGGGAAGGCUUUUUGUGUUGGCGGGGUCUCAGGUGCCUUAUCUCGCCUUCGCGGAUGAUAUGCUUAUCUAUACAAGGUCUUCUGAGGACUGCCUGAAUGCAGUAAAGGGGUUUUUGGAGGGGUACCAACAGGCUUCAGGCCAGAGGGUGAAUGUCAAUAAGAGUGCUUUCUUCUUGGCGUCGGGAGCGACUGAGGCGCAGGAACAGAUGGUAAGUAGGGUCUUGGGGUUUCAUCGGGCUCGGUUCCCUUUUACAUAUUUGGGUGCCCCUAUUUAUAAAGGGCGGUGUCUCAGUUUGUUGUUCGACGGUAUUGAGGCAAAAAUGCGGGGCCAUCUUGGACACUGGAGUACUAAAUUGCUUUCGUUUGGAGGGAAGAUGGUUUUAAUUCGCCAUGUUCUAGCGUCGUUGCCUAUGUAUUUGCUUCAGGUGCUGAAUCCUCCUAAGGCGGUUUUCAUCCGUUUGGGUAAUAUUUGUAAUUCCUUUUUGUGGGAUCAAAGGGGGGAGAAGCGUAUGCAUUGGGCCUCAUGGGAGAGACUGUGUUUUCCUUCAGAGGAAGGGGAUCUGGGGUUUAGAUCGUUUAGGGACAUGUCUCGGGCUUUUGCGGCUAAGCUAUGGUGGCGAUUCCGGAGUGGUGACUCCAUUUGGGCAGAAUUCAUGCAUGCAAAGUACAGUUCGGGUUGUCAUCCGUUGGAGGCCUCGUCUGUGCGGCCUUCAAGGACUUGGCGCCGCCUUGAGGCGAUCAGGGUGGUGGUGGAGCCGAAGAUUAGGUGGUGUAUAGGGGAAGGCCUGGUGGACUUCUGGAAGGAUCGGUGGGCUUUAGAUAAUCCGUUGGAAGAGGUAGUGGUGGGUGCGGAGCAUCCGCAUUUUCUUGUGUCUGAAUUUUUAACCAGGGAUGGUUGGGAUGAGGCUCGUCUUGCUCAGUGGGUGCCGGAUUCGGUUAUCCGUGUGAUAAGGGACAUCCCAUUUGAGGUUUCUCAGAAGGAUAGAUUGGUUUGGGUGCCUUCUUCAUCGGGUCUUUUUUCAGUAAACUCGGCGUGGGAGUUUCUUCGGCAACGGAGGUGUCCAUCCUUGGUUGACUCUCUCCUUGGGCAGCCAGCUUUGCCAGCAAAAAUGGUGUUUUUAGCGUGGCGCUUGGUAAGGAAGUUCGUCCCUUUGGAUGUGGUGUUGAAGUCGCGAGGGGUGAUGAUUCCUUCCCGGUGUGGGUGUUGUUAUGGGGAGGAGGAGGAUCUCUUGCAUGUGUUUGUGACUGGGCCGAUUGCUUCCCAAGUUUGGACGAGGGUGUCGCGUAGGUUUGGGUUUCAGAUGAGAAAUUGCUCGACCAUGGCUUCGGUUUUCAUUGCUUGGUUCCUAUCUUCCGAUACAUCGUCCAUGAAUCAUAUUCGGGUGAUAUUGCCAAUUGUGGUGUGUUGGUUUCUUUGGAGGGCUAGGAACCAGGAGCGCUUUCAGGGGGGCCGGUGGGAGGUUAACAGGAUAAUUUGGGAUGUGGAGAAUUUUAUAGAACUGUUGGGGAGGGCAAAUAAGCUUAGGGGGUUUCAUUUCAAGGGGGAUGAGGAUUGUGAGUGGCGGCGGUUGGUCAGCUGUCCUGCCAGGCGAAGUUCCCCUCGGGCGAUUGCCUGGGAAAAGCCUCCCUGUGGAGAGUUUAAAUUGAAUACAGAUGCUGGUGUGGUUAACGGGAGGGCCAUGGGUGGUGGGCUAGUGCGCAACUAUCAGGGGAAAUUGAUUUUUGCCUUUUAUAAGGAGUUCGGGGAGCACGGGGUGCUUGAGGCAGAGUGCUUGGCGCUGCUGGAGGGGUUGCAAUUGUGUCGUCAAAGGGGGCUGGCUCCUUCGUUGGUUGAGGUUGACUCCAAGGUUUUGGUUCAUUUAGUGGUAUCUGGGGCGGUUGCGAAGUGGCCACUAUGUAACUCUCUAAGGAAGGUGAGACGUUUUUUGGAGGGUUUUCCGGCUACCAUCUCCCAUGUUUUCCGGGAGGCCAACGUUCCCGCUGAUAAGCUUGCAGCGGUUGGGUUAACUGGUUCUCAUGUGUUUGAGGAGGGUUCACAUUUGCCGGCAAUUGUUCGGGCGGCCAUAGUUCUGGAUUCCCGGGGAGUGCCAGGGGUGCGGUGGUCAUCUGAGGAUGGGUAG